AUGCUACGAGAAAACCUCAAGUUCCGAGCGCAGAAGGGAGAUGUGGUUCAGUCAGCAUUUCCUAAGAGCGGUACACAUUGGAUGAUGUACAUUGUGUUGCUUAAUCUGAGAGAAGGAGAGGCAAUGACUACGUAUGAAGAGUUCGCUAAGGAAUAUCGCUUGAUUGAGUAUACGGAUAUAAAGGGCUGGAAGUCAUCUCUGCCCAUGAGAACAUUUGCCACCCACUUGCCUUUGAGUGAGGACACCAUUAGUGAAGAAGGAAAGUACAUUUACGUUGCCCGCAAUCCGUGGGACGUGUGCGUUUCAAUGUACCACAUGGUUACCAACCUCGGCUCAUAUGAGUACCAGGAUGCCACGUUCGAAGAAUUUGUUAACGUGUUUGUCAGCGGGAACUUUGGCUACGGUGACUACUUCGAACACGUGGCGUUGGCUUACAACAUUAGGCACCAACCGAACGUGCUCUUCGUUACUUACGAAGAAAUGAAGAAGGACACCCGUGACGUGAUUAUCAAGGUAGCGCACUUUUUGGGAGAGCGCUAUGAACGAGCUUUAUUAGAAGAUGAAACAUUGCUUCACAAGAUGCUGGAGAGCUCCAAGCCGGAGCACAUGCGCAGUGUCGUGGUCGUCGACUUUCGCAAAAGCCGCACCCCUCACGGGAAGAAGGUAUUAGACCGAAGCUUGAUAACCUGCAAGCAGGGCUACGAAGGAGAUCAAAGGAAAUACGGUCUAGUGCGAACAGCCAAAGUUGGAGGGUGGAAAGAACACUUCACGCCAGAGCUGCUCCGACGCAUGGAAGCUAGAAUCAGCGAGGCAGAGACGGUGUCAUCCUUUAUGGAUCUCUGGAAGGACAUCCGAGACGAGGCAUUCAAGUUAUCGCAAGGUGUCUGA